AGUGGCACACCGUUCACGCCACUGUGUGUGUGUGUAUGUGCGUGGUCGAUCUGGGUCAAAGUUCAGAGACAGCAUUAUCGACCUCCUGAUGAUGGCGUCGACAGUGAUGACCACGUUAGCCGAUGUCCAGUUUUACCUGUGGGGUCUGACAUUAUAUCCCGUCAGUGUGUCAUGUGUGUGUAUUACCGCGGCCCUAGGCCUGAUCUGCCUGUGGGGAAAAGGAAAACAUGAGCGUGGCAGGAAUCCAUUCUCCGUGGAACACGUGAAGCCUAUCGUGGACAUCGUAACGGAUAAAGAUACUAGGAGGAAAAUAUUGAAAAAUAAGUUCAGCGUUGCCAAGGUACCCGAUGACCUUGACGACAUCGUCAUUGGGAGUGGUUUCGGAGGAUUAGGUGUGGCGUCACUUCUGUCCCGAGCCGGGCACAAGGUCCUUGUCUUGGAGCAGCAUGGGAGGGCAGGCGGUUCUUGUCACACUUUCCAUGAGAAAGGCUAUGAGUUUGAUACUGGAAUCCACUACGUGGGAAACAUGGCCCCCGGAUCAACAGACCGUAUCCUGAUAGACCAGAUGACAGGGGGCGGGGUAGACUACCCUCCCAUGGAUGAAGCUUUUGACACGGUAUUCUUGGGUGAACCCGACAAAGCCAGAGUAUACGACAUCUUGUCAGACAGGACGAAGUUUGAAGCUAGUCUUGUUAAGAGGUUUCCAGAAGAGGAGGAAGGGAUACGUAAAAUGAUGCAAUAUUUUAAGGAUUGUCAUGGAUUCAUGGAGGGAUAUUUCGUACUCAAGUUUUUACCCAAAUGGAUCAUCGGAAUUAUGACAUACACAGGCAUUUACAACAAGUUGUUCAAAUCAUAUGCAAAGUAUGUAUCUGUAACAACGAAAGAAAUACUGGAUCGGUGUACGGAAAACAAAGAGCUUAGAGCGGUAUUUACCUAUAUCUUCGGCGACUAUGGUAUCGUUCCGUCUCAAUCCUCGUUUGGACUACACGCUAUAGUUCUGAAUCACUACCUAGAUGGUGCUUACUACAUCCGGGGCGGUUCUAGUGAAGUAGUGAUGCAUACUAUUCCAGUAAUUCAGGCCGCUGGGGGUCAGGUACUGACGAAGGCAUCCGUUUCUAAAAUACUGAUGAACUCACUCGGACAGGCUCAUGGUGUGGAGGUAAAGACAAAAGAUGCCACGGUACAAAUAUACGCCAAGCGUAUCAUAUCAGAUGCUGGAUUGGUCAAUACAUUCUUUAGGCUCCUCCCCCAGGAAAUCGCCUCUAAAUCAUGUAUAUACCCUAUGAUUAAGCAAGUCGGGAGCAGCUUAGCGUUCCUAACGGCAUUUAUCGGACUGAAGGGCACCAAGGAAGAACUAGGUCUCAAGUCUCACAAUAUGUGGGCAUUUACCAGAACCGACCAAGAAGAUGCCAUCAACGAAUAUUUAGCCCUUUCUCCAGAGGAACUAGACGGCUAUGGAAUUCCGUUGAUGUUUGCAUCGUUUCCAUCCGCGAAAGACCCAUCAUGGGAGAAGCGAAAUCCAGGGAAAAGCACGUGCUUAAUUAUCACGCUUGCCAAAAGUGAAUGGUUUACUCGUUGGAAGGAUGAGAAAGUGAAGCGAAGGAGUGAUGAGUAUAAUGAUUUGAAGAACUCAAUUGGCAGGCAAAUGUGGGACCAACUUAUCAAGAUUAACCCCCGAUUGGAAGGCAAGGAAGAGUUCAUUGAGGUGGGUACACCUUUAAGUAACGCCCACUACUUAGGAUCUACUGAAGGAGAAAUGUACGGUCUACAACACAGCACAGAACGAUUACUGGCUCCGGCAGCCGUCCAUCUUCGGGCGGAAACUGAUAUCCCGGGACUCUACCUAACAGGACAAGACAUUCUGACAGCUGGAUUCACGGGGGCUUCGUUUUCCGCACUACUUUGUGCAUCGUCAAUACUCAACAGAAAUCUGCACGACGAUUUAUCCCAACUUGCAAAGGACAUGAAGAAAUCGGCAUAGAUAUAUAUUUGGUUAAAAAAUUGCCAAAUUAAAUAUCAAGUUAUCCACAACAUUCUCUAAUUGUUUGUGCAAAUCUGUGAUAAUCGUUUUAUGUGUGCCUGAAGUGUAUUUGCAGUGUUUUUGUCUGUUAAUAUAAGAAAUUUCACA